AAGUGAACCCUACGGCGUCAUGGCGGAGGCCGGUUGUCGGAAGACCCUGGUUUGAAAUGCCAGUUUUCUACAAUCGUAGUUGACAAACGAGGAACAAGACUUUGCUUACAUCUAGCUCGGGAAAGGGGAUUUACUUGAGGGGGAGGAAAACCACCAGUGCACCGGUUCUGCUGAACGGAACCGUUCGGGGCUGCUCUCCCUAACUGGGAGAAAGCUAGCUAGCUAGCCUAAGGUAGCCUUAGCUAUCGCAGCUGCUAGCUCGCUAGUUAAAUAAAAGAAGAAAGGACCUCUGAAGUGGAAAGUCGGAUUUAAACAACAAUUCUAUUGGAGUUUGCCAGAUUAACCACGUGGAGCAUAGUACUGCAGGUCGUCAGGGGGAAGUCUAUACUUUGGGCUUCAACAUGGCUGGACGCAGUGAGGAGGAAAGUGUAACCAACAGCGGUGCAGAAUCAAGUAAUUCUGAUGAUGAAUCGGGUUCUGGGUCGGGCUCCGCGUCAGGGUCUGCGUCAGGGUCCAGUUCCAGCUCCUCCAGCAGCAGUAGCCAAUCAGGGAGCAGUGACUCAGGAAGUGGAUCAGACUCUGGCAGUGGGUCAGAUUCUGACACAGAGAAAACCAAGGAGAAGAUCGAAGCGCCAAAUAAGUCAAACAUCGAUGGAGCUGAGUUCUGGAAGUCCAACCCAAGUAUCCUAGCAGUGCAAAGAUCUGCUAUGCUCAGGAAACAGCAGCUUCAGCAACAACAACAACAACAGCAGCAGCAGCAGCAGCAACAGCAGCAACAGCAGCAGAGACAAAGCUCCUCUGGAUCUGAUGAGGACUCGUCAAGUAGCGAUGGAUCUGACUCAUCAAGUGGAUCCAAAAGGAGAAAAAAUUCAGGCUCCUCUGGAUCUGGAUCAGGCUCUGGAUCUGGGAGUGGUUCUGGAUCAGACUCGUCCGCUGAGGAGAAGAGUGAAGAAACGGCAUCAGACUAUGAGCCUAGUCUCAAAAUCAAAAGCAGAAAGCCCCCAACCAAGAUGAAUUAUCGGAAUGGGAAGAAAAGCACCAACCAGAAGAAGAAAAAGUCCACGAAUCAUUCUUCUUCUGAUGAUGAGUACAAGAAGGCGGCCGCUGCGGGGCCCCGGCGGCAGGCCACGGUCAACGUCAGCUACAAGGAGGACGAUGACCUGAAGACCGACUCCGACGACCUGGUGGAAGUUCUCGGUGAAGACGUCCCGGCGCCUGAAGAAGACGAGUUUGAGACAUUGGAGAAAGUAAUGGAGUCCAGGAUAGGGAGGAAAAGAGCCACAGGAAGUGUCACCACUGUGUACGCCAUAGAAGCCGACGGGGACCCUAAUCUCAACUUCAAUCCCAACAAAGAGGCUGGGGACAUCCAGUAUCUGAUAAAGUGGAAGAACUGGGCGCAUAUCCACAACACCUGGGAGACAGAGGACACACUCAAGUUACAGAACGUCAAGGGCAUGAAGAAACUGGACAACUUCAAGAAGAAGGAUACGGAGAAAAAGAGAUGGUUAAAAGCGGCAUCACCGGAGGAUGUAGAGUAUUUCAAUUGUCAGGAAGAAUUAAUGGAUGACCUGCACUCUCAGUACCAGAUUGUGGAGCGAAUCAUAGGUGAGCUUUCUACAUCACUUGUUGUUUGUAUAGAGUACUUUCCUCUGAAUACCUUUUUAAUACUAUUUGGAUUCCUGCAACUUAACGGCUCUCUGACUUUCUAUGCUGCAGGACAUUCGAACCAAAAGUCAGCGGCGGGUUACCCAGACUAUCUGUGCAAGUGGCAGGGUUUGCCAUAUUCGGAGUGCAGCUGGGAGGACGGCGCUCUCAUCGGCAGGAAGUUCCAGAAAUGCAUCGACAACUACAUGAGCAGAAACCAGUCCAAGAACAUUCCUUUCAGAGACUGCAAGGUGCUCAAACAGAGACCCAGGUUUCUGCCUAUGAAGAAGCAGCCGACGUACAUAGGAGGCGAAGGACUGGAGCUCCGAGACUACCAGUUGGACAGCUUGAAUUGGAUGGCCCAUUCCUGGUGCAAAAGCCACAGUUGCAUUCUUGCGGAUGAGAUGGGUUUAGGGAAGACCAUCCAGACAAUCUCCUUCCUCAACUACCUGUUCAACGAUCACCAGCUGUACGGACCCUUCCUGUUGGUCGUGCCUCUCUCUACACUCACCUGCUGGCAGAGGGAAAUCCAGCUUUGGGCCCCUCUGAUGAACUUUGUCGUCUACCUGGGAGACAUCAGCAGCAGGAACAUGAUCAGGACACACGAGUGGAUGCAUCCUCAUAACAAGAGACUAAAGUUUAACAUCAUUCUCACAACGUAUGAGAUUCUUCUCAAAGACAAGUCAUUUUUGGGCGCUGUUAGCUGGGCUUUCAUUGGUGUGGAUGAGGCGCAUCGACUGAAGAACGACGACUCCCUCCUGUACAAGACGAUGAUGGAUUUCAAGUCCAAUCACAGGCUUCUGAUCACAGGAACGCCGCUGCAGAACUCUCUGAAGGAGCUGUGGUCCCUGCUGCACUUCAUCAUGCCAGAGAAGUUUCACGCAUGGGAGGUCUUUGAGGAGGCGCAUGGUAAAGGCAGAGACUCGGGAUACGCCAGCCUGCACAAAGAGCUGGAACCUUUUCUCCUGCGAAGAGUCAAGAAGGACGUGGAGAAAUCUCUUCCUGCCAAAGUGGAGCAGAUCCUCAGAGUGGAGAUGAGUGCUAUCCAGAAACAGUAUUACAAAUGGAUCCUCACCAGGAACUACAAGGCUCUGAGUAAAGGUAAAGGCAGCACGUCGGGCUUCCUGAACGUCAUGAUGGAGCUGAAGAAGUGUUGUAACCACUGUUACCUUAUCAAGCCGCCCGAGGACAACGAGUUCCUCAACAGAGCCGAGGCAUUACAGCAACUGAUCCGCAGCAGUGGGAAGCUGGUGCUGCUGGACAAGCUGCUGGUGCGUCUGAAGGAUCGAGGCCACCGAGUCCUGAUCUUCUCCCAGAUGGUUCGGAUGCUGGAUAUCCUGGCUGAAUACCUGAAGAGCCGACAGUUCCUCUUUCAGCGGUUAGAUGGCUCCAUCAAAGGGGAGAUGAGGAAGCAGGCGUUGGAUCACUUCAAUGCCGAGGGAUCAGAGGAUUUCUGCUUCUUGUUAUCAACGCGUGCCGGUGGUCUGGGUAUCAAUCUGGCGUCGGCUGACACAGUCGUGAUUUUUGACUCUGACUGGAACCCCCAGAACGACCUGCAGGCUCAGGCCCGAGCUCACAGGAUCGGGCAGAAGAGACAGGUGAAUAUCUACCGUCUGGUGACAAAAAGCUCAGUAGAGGAGGAAAUCAUUGAGAGGGCGAAGAAGAAAAUGGUGCUGGACCACCUUGUGAUUCAGAGGAUGGACACGACGGGGAAAACUGUCCUCCAUACGGGAUCCGCUCCCUCCAGUUCUGCACCGUUCAACAAGGAGGAGCUGUCCUCCAUCCUGAAGUUCGGAGCUGAGGAGCUGUUCAAAGAGCCAGAGGGCGAGGAGCAGGAGCCUCAGGAAAUGGACAUUGAUGAGAUCCUGAAAAGAGCCGAGACCAGGGAUAACGACCCCGGACCCUCCACAGUGGCAGAGGAACUGCUGUCUCAGUUCAAGGUGGCCAACUUCUCCAUGAUGGAUGAAGAGGAUUUAGACAUGGACUCUGAGCGCAGUCAGAGGAGUUGGGACGACAUCAUUCCCGAGGAGCAGAGGAGGAGGAUGGAGGAGGAGGAGAGGCAGAAGGAGCUGGAGGAAAUCUACCUGCUGCCCCGCAUGAGGAAUUGUGCCAAACAGUCGAACUUUAACGCCAGUUCGGGGCGGCAGAGCAGGAACAGACGGUACUCGGGCUCCGACAGCGACUCCCCGUCGGACCGGAAGAGGCCAAAGAAGAGGGGGCGGCCUCGGACUAUUCCACGAGAAAACAUCAAGGGGUUCAGUGACGCUGAGAUCCGGAGGUUCGUCAAGAGUUACAAGAAAUUCGGAGGACCGCUGGAAAGGUUGGAUGGUAUCGCUCGUGAUGCUGAACUCGUGGAUAAGUCCGAAAGCGACCUGAAGCGUUUGGCAGAGACGGUUCACAACGGCUGUGUGAGAACUCUGAGAGAAAACCCCUCUGGACCAGAGAAGAGUUCAGGAGGCAGGAGAGGGAAGGUAAAGGGCCCGACAUUCAGGAUCUCUGGAGUCCAGGUGAAUGCAAAACUCGUCAUCUCGCAUGAGGAAGAGCUCGCUCCGCUUCAUAAGGCCAUUCCUGAUGACCCUGAGGAGAGGAAGAAGUAUAUGAUUCCAUGCCAUUCGAAGGCAGCACACUUUGACAUUGAUUGGGGGAAGGAGGACGACUCCAGUCUCCUGAUAGGAAUCUACGAGUACGGUUACGGCAGCUGGGAGAUGAUUAAGAUGGAUCCGGACCUUAACCUCACACACAAGCUCCUACCUGACGACCCUGACAAGAAGCCACAAGCAAAGCAGCUGCAGACCAGAGCAGACUACCUCAUCAAAUUGCUCAGCAAGGACCUGGCCAAGAAAGAAGCACAGAAGCAAGCCGGGACAGCCAAUUCACGGAAGAGGAAACCGAGAAAUAAGAAGAGCAAAACUCAGAAGCCAAUUAAGACCGAAGAGGUGCUGAAGAGCACGUCCUCGGACCCCCCAUCGGACAAGAGGUCGGACGACGAGGACGAGAUCGAGGAGGAAAAGGAGGUGACACCGGUGAAAGCUCAGAGCAGACGGGGCCGAGCAGACCGGGUGGUGCCGAAGGAGGAGGAGGACGAGGAGGAGGACGAGGAGGAUGAAGACGAGGAGCCUGAGCAGGAGGAAGUAUCGUCGUCGGGGGAAAUGGAGAUCAAAAAAGAAAGCAAAAAGGAGAAGAAGGACGACAGUUGGGACAUUAAAGAAACCAAGGAGCCAAAGGAGAAAAAGGAGACGAAGCCUCUGGAGGCGGUGUACAAAGAGGACAACCUGGACAAGAACGAGGUGAAGACUAAGAAACCCGGUGAUGUGCCGGUCCACAUAACAGCGGGAGGAGAAACCGUGCCGGUGUCGGAGGAGUCUGAGGAGCUGGACCAGAGGACCUUCAGUGUGUGUAAGGAGCGGAUGCGGCCGGUGAAAGCGGCGCUGAAGCAGCUGGACCGACCGGAGAAAGGUCUGUCGGAGCGAGAGCAGCUGGAACACACCAGGCAGUGCCUCAUCAAGAUCGGAGACCACAUCACCGAGUGUCUGAAGGAGUACUCCAACCCCGAGCAGAUCAAACAGUGGAGAAAAAACCUGUGGAUAUUUGUUUCCAAAUUCACGGAGUUCGAUGCCAGGAAACUUCAUAAACUGUAUAAACAUGCAAUCAAGAAAAGACAAGAGAACGCCCAGGCAAUGGAGCAGAACACGAGAAAUGCAAACACCCACGGAUACAAACACACAGAUAUCGAACGGCUGAAGGACAGCUCUCACCAGGAUGAGAGCAGCAGGGACAGCUACAGCUCGGACAGACAUCCUCCAUCAGGACGGCACCACGAGAGCAGCAGCAAGGACCGACACAGCUCCGAGCCGCACAGGAAGUCCUCGGGAGGGGAGAGCAGGAAGAGACCGUAUACCUCCUUCAGCAACGGCAAAGACCACAGAGACGGCAAAGACCACAGAGACGGCAAAGACCACAGAGACGGCAAAGACCACAGAGACGGCAAAGACCACAGAGACGGAAAAGACCACAGAGACGGCAAAGACCACAGAGACAGAGACCACUACAGACCAGACAGCAGGGACAGGGACAGGGACCGAGACAGAGACAGACCGGACAGAUACUACAACGACAGCAAGCACAGGAAGCUGGACGAGUUCCGCUCCAGAGACCGCCUGGACGUGAAGGACCACUCCCACUCGGACCACCGCUCCUCCUACCGAUACCACUCGGACUGGCAGGCGGAGCAGCGCGCCUCGGCCAGCGUUCCCCCCCGAUCCCCCCGGGACCAGCGCUCGCCCUACGACUCGCGCUCGCCCAUGGGACACCGCUCGCCCUUCGACUACUCGUCAGACCACAAGAGCACACCGGAGCAGAUCUGGAGCAGCCGCAAGACAUAACAGCAGCUCCCAGGUCUGCUGGUAGCAGCCAUAGACUCCGAAAAAAAACACAGCAAAUGCCUUACAGGGACUGUGAACUCACUGCAGCUGCAGGAAGAAACACUGUGCAUCCACUGCAGCUGCUUCAUCUCGGGAACGCCAGGCAGCAGAUUAAAAAAAACAAAUCAUAUUUUUGUAUUAAAGAGUUUAAAGCUGCAGCGAGACGGCACGCAGCGAUUUUUGUUAUUUUUAUAAACUUUUCUUAACUCUGGAAACUGACACAAUUGACCCUGAGAGCUGCCUCAUAUUCCCAACCAAUGACACUGGAUCCUGUUGUUCUCUGUUUCGUCUGUCCGUCUCCAUCAUGCUCAAUGUGAUUAUCUACCUUAUUUAAGUGUUAACUCGAUGAGAAGUCACACAGAAUCGCUUUACAAGUGGAUGUUUAAAGGUGUCCGGCUCGGGCUCACCACCUGGCGUACCUCAUGUUCAGCAUUUCUCAUUUUUCCCUCAGCAGGUUUCUUCGUUUUCCAACCAGGCGUGAAUUAUUUAAUAACAUAUCUUAGCUGUAAAAAAAUAACCUGGAUUGUUUUUGUUUUUUUUGGGAGUGUGAGGUGUAUCAUGAUUUUUUGCCUCUUCAGUAAUACUGUUGUACAUUUUUGUAAAAUAGUAAAUCGGUGGUCUUUUUUCCUCAGGCUUUUUGGAUUUAUUAUGACUCUACUUUCCCCCCCAUCAACUCAGGCUUUUUUGUCGUUCUACGAGUGAGUUUCUGUAAAAUAGUUCUUUCAUGAUAAUGCUUUCAGAAUGUAACUUUUGGUAAAGGGAAAGAAUCUUUAAUGACUCAGUUUUAUUCACUAAUGCUUCGUUCUUCUGCUCGGUAAGUUGAGAAGAAACUGACUUUUUAAAAUCAUUGUUUGAGAUAAAAGUCAGUUUUCUUCCACUCAGAAGCACCAGUUCUGUUAGAUCUUAAAUAAACUCGACUUUUUACACUUUUUAUUUGAUUUACCUUUCAGUUUCCUUUUUCUACGUAGGCAAUAAUGUCACUGUUUCUAUGCAGCCAAGUAUAUUUGUGGUGAACCACCCAACUGAAUGAAGUCACUGUUACGGUUCGCACUGUUGUACAUAGAUUUCCUCUAUAUUUCAAAUUGAAUUUACACUGAAAGUGCAUGAAUUUUUAUGAACUGUUUUAUAGUUGUUUAUGAAGCCAUUAAAAUCAAUCACUGUACUCACUCGUACCAGCUCUCUUUAA